AUGGCCGAAUCAGAUUCAUCACAGCCACCACCUCCACAACCACAGUCGAAUCAGGCGGACGUCGCACAGCCAUCAUCACAAACUGUGGCCCAGGAUUCCAUGAGCCCAGCACCAAAGGCUAGCACUUCGGCCUCGCCACCGCAGACGCAGAUAUCUCCAACGCUACCACAGGAGACAGCACCUUCAGCAACCCAGAGCAACUCCCAGUCACCCAUAAAACGGCAAUCCCCAAGUUCUAACCCGGCAUCUGAGCCUGCAGUGACUGCAGGAGGUGGGGAAGGGAUACCAGCUGCAACCGAGCCGAAGGAUGACGAUAUAAGUUCAAGAGACACCGGUAUCAAAGUCAACUCGACGGGAGAUAUCACCAUGGGCGGAACAGAGCCAGAAGCCGGAGAUUCUGCGGCACCUGAAGCCCCUGGAGUUGCUGAUGCUGCAGGUACGGCGCCGACGAACAGUGCCCCAGCUGCUGCGGUGCCUACAGGGCUCAACGGGAUCGAAUCGAUAAUACCUCCGUCCAAGAAAGAUACAAGCUUGAGAGAGUUUCUGGGUCAGAUGGACGACUUUGCGCCUAUUAUCCCAGAUGCCGUGACUGCCCAUUAUCUUACCGUUGCCGGCCUUCCACCACCAGGAAUCGGACCAAACCACACCCCACCUCAUCUCGCUCGCCUGCUUGCCCUAGCGACCCAAAAAUUCAUUGCAGAUAUUGCUGCGGACUCGUACCAAUAUUCCCGAAUCCGCAGCUCGAACAGUGCCUCGUCCAACAACCCCAUGGGCAGUAUCAACGUAACUGCAGGUCUCAGUAACGUUGCUCAAGGUGGUCAACCCGGCGGUGCUGGCACUGCUGGAGCUGCCGGAGCUGGUGACGGAGGUAGCAAGGGAAAAUUAGGAACUGGCGGAUUACACCUUGGUGUUCAGCGGUCUGGCUUUGGAGGCGGCGGUCAGGGUGGUACUCAAGGCAAGACCGUCCUUACCAUGGAAGAUUUGGGCAUGGCCGUUGGCGAGUAUGGAGUUAGCGUGAAGAGAGGCGAGUUCUACCGAUAG